UUGCCGCCGAUUAUUUUGAGUGAACCUGAUGAUGAAGAACUUAUAGAAGUGGCCAAGAAAAGCUUAUUAGAAAACACGGCUAAAAAUAUAUCUGAGCAUGACGUUUCUAAAUUAACUUUUAGCAUGUUGUCGAUGUAUAAAGAGGUAACUGAAACCUUUACUUCUCAACCACUCUACAAAUGGAAUGCGUCGCACUUGAAGCGUUGGUGUGACGGCAUUAAAUGGCACGCACCUGCCACAGCUGCUGAUUUAGAUAAGUCGAUAAAAGCAGAAGCGGACAUGAUCUUUAAGAAUAGACUAGUGACAGAUGAAGAAAAAGUUGAAUAUACUUCGAUAUCGAAACGACAUUUAAACCAUAGCGAUAAUUAUGUUUUAUUUUUUAAAACGAUACUACGUAAUGACGGCGUGUACAUGCAGGCGGUUGAUUACGACACGUGGUAUCAGGACACACAGAAACUGAUAAAUCAGUGCGUAACGGAAAACGACGAUAAUAUAUUUAGUGAGACUGGAAUAGAAGCGUGUCUAGAAUUAGCCAUCUUGUGUCCUGCGAUAGCACGCACAGUGAACGGUGGCAUCACGAUAUGCGUGGGCGGCGCGGGCGCGGGGAGGCGCGCAGCUGCCGCGCUCGCCGCCGCCGCGCUGCCCGCCGUACUGAUGCACGUGUCGCGCGCGCACCGCCUCGCCGCGCACCUCGCCGCCGUACGUACACACUGCACUCUUUACAGUCAUAUAAAACAACAUCUAGGCAUCGUUAUUCUGUUAGACAAAGAUGAAGAAAAGUUGUCAGAGCUUAUAGAAAAAUAUCCAUUUCUAUACAACGAUGCUAAUAUUGUUUGGAUUGAACAAUGGUCGGAGGAGACUUUACGGCAAAUGCCGCCAUUAAUCAUACAGAGGCUAAUAAAAGAAGACGCAUCGGAUGUUUCAAAGGAAGACAUCGACACAGUCCCAGUUGAAGGAUUCGUCAACAUAUAUAAGAGCAUCGACGCGGAAUGGUUGCGAGCGCCUUGCAGAUACGUAAAUUUCGUUAAAUCCUACUAUUUUAUACUCAGCAAAAAGAAGACCGAGCUCGUGCAGAGGAAAAAUAUUUUAUCGGCCGGCGUGGAAGCGUUACGACGCGCUAGGAGUGAAGUUGCUACAUUACAAGACGAAGCAGCUAAGCAGGAAGUAGCACUAUCUGAAAAACAGGCGGCCGCAAAUAACGCACUCGACCAGAUCGGAGCAACCGUCCGUGCAACCACUGAUAAAAAGGAUGAAAUGCACGCCUUGAAGAAGAACAUAGAGAUUGAGAAUGAGAAGCUACAGAUAAGAAAAAAGGAAAUUGAAGCUGAAUUAGCGUCAGUGGAACCAGUGAUUAAGGCCGCACAAGCAGCCGUUGGGGAGAUACGGCCAGAGGCGCUCAGUGAGAUCCGGUCACUGCGGGCACCACCAGACGUAGUACGAGAUGUUCUUGAAGGGGUGCUAAGGCUCAUGGGUAUUGCAGAUACUUCGUGGCAUUCUAUGAAGAACUUCCUUUCUAAGCGUGGCGUCAAGGAGGAUAUAAGGUGCCUUGAUGCGAGUCAGAUCAGUGACGAAGCGGUGCAAUCAGUACAGAAGCUGCUGGAGCGGCGCGGCGCGUCGUUCGAGCCGGCGACGGCGCGGCGCGCCAGCGCGGCGUGCGCACCGCUGGCUGCCUGGGUGCGCGCCAACCUGCACUAUGCGGCCGCCCUGGCGCGCGUGCAGCCGCUGCAGCACCAGCAGGCCCGCUUGCACAAAAACCUACAAGAAGCGGAGGCCGAAUUGAGCGCACUAUCAAGCGGACUUAACACAGUGGAGGAGAGGGUAGCGUCGCUCAAGGCACAACUUGGCGAACACAGCCGUGACGCUGCAACCCUAGAGCUCAAGCUGACGGAAGCGAAGCGAACUUUAGAAGCAGCACAGAACCUUUUGGAUCAAUUAGCGAAUGAAUACGAUGCUUGGGAACUCGAUCUAAAACACAUAUCUAAAGAAAUAUUAGAGGUUAACGUGAGAUCGUUGUUGGCUGCCGCUUACAUAGUUUAUCUUCCUGACUUGACGGAGCCGCAGGCGAGAAACUACUUACGCAAAUGGAGUGCACUCAUAGAAUUUGAAGACGAGUCGUUUUCUGUAAUAAAUUUUCUAUCGACGCCAGAGAAACAACUUAAAUGGGAAACUGAAGGACUACCAAUGGAUCAGACUGCUGUCAAAAAUGCUGUAAUUAUCGAACAGGCCCUGGCGACAAACAAAUGCGGCUUCACACCGUUAAUCAUUGAUCCUGAUGGGGAAGCUGAAACAUGGCUCAGGAAUACUUUAUCCAACACGCAGUGUGAAUUUGUCCCGCAACACAGUGAAAAGUUGACCACUGCCAUGCAAUUUGCCAUACGGCUGGGGCGCACGCUGGUGGUGACGGAGGUGCAGAGCGCGGCCGAGCUGUGCGUGCCGGCGCGCGCGCGCUGUCUGCUGCUGAGCCGCGCGCCCGCGCCCGCCGGCCCCUCCGCGGCGCUGUCGCCGGUGCGCUUCACUGCAAGCCUCCACGGACUCACCGAUCAAUUAGUACAUUACGCGUUGCAGCAACUAAACCCCGAAGUCAACAAAAAAACCAAGGAGAUCAAAAUAAAGAAAGCAACAUUACAAAAACAACAGUACGAGCUGCAGGAAAAUCUCCUAAAAGAGUUAUCAAAGAACAGCGACAUCUUGCACGAUUCUAAUUUGCUGGCGUCAUUAAACAACACACGGACUACAACCAACACCAUAAGAGAAGCUCUGAAUGCGGCUCAAGCGCUGGAGACUACAACCCAUGCAGCGUACCAAGUGUACGAGCCUAUCGCAGCCCGCGCCGCCCAACUGGCACUCGCUGUGAAAGAACUCGCAGUGCAGCGCCCUCUAGUGUCCCUGCCUAUAGACACUAUACAGGAGGUUUUCGUUGAUGCCAUUCGCAAAUCCGGAGACCUCAAAAGUGUUAAUCCCGACGAAAUCAUGAAGUACUUGACACGGCGUAUAAUGGAAAGAGUUCUAUUGAGCGUGCACAAAAAAGACAAGUACAUAGUGGUGUUGCAUCUGUUGAAGCGAGUGUAUGAUGAGCUAAUACCAGAAAAUCUGUGGAACAUAUUCAUUGGGAACUUCAAUAUAAUCGAAGAUCAGAAUACAAUAAAUGAAAUAAAACUGGAUUAUCCGUGGGUGCCUGAAGACCAUAUUAGGAAAUUAGCUCUACUGAAGAGUAAUAAUGAAGAGUUCUUUAUGAAGAUGUCAUUAGACAAAGAAGCGUUGUGGACCGAAUUCCAACGCUCUGGCAAUUUAAAUACUUUAAAUAAACUCCAGCUAAACGCUUUCGAGACAGUAGUUGCCGUGAGCGUUAUUCGACCCGACGCCCUGUACAGGGCGAUCGUUGCAUUUGUCGAUGUGGUAUUAGGCUCGGGAUGUGCGCGCGGCGAGGCGGUGGCGCUGGCGACGCGCUGGGCGCGCGGGCGGCCCGCGCUGUUGCUGGCCGCGCACGCGCACGCGCCCGCCCUGCUCGCCUCGCACGCGCGACCCCUCGCCCUUGCACAGGUCGGUAUAGAAGAAGGUCAUACUGCAUGGUCGGCGGCGUUGGAGGCGUGCCGCGGCGGCGGCUGGCUGGCUAUCAUAGUGGGCGCUUCGCCAUUCACUCGAGAUCUGCAUAACUUUUUAUUAGGAUACUCUCAGCGCCCAAUAGUGGAUUUCCACGACGAGUUUCGCCUAUGGGUGGUAGCUGAAGAUCGUGAAAUACCAUCCUACAUUGCAAACAUGUGUGUCACAGUUAUACUUGAGCCGGCGGAAGGCGUGAGACAAAACAUGGUGAGCACGCUGUGGGCGUGGCGCGGCUACGAGGCGGAGGCGACGCUGACGCGCGUGCACGCCUGCCUCGCCAUGUUGCACGCGCUUGCGCAGGAGCGCCGAGCCUACAUACCGCACGGUUGGAGCCGCUGGUACGAUUGGGACUGGGGCGACGUACAGGCGUGCGCAGAAGCGGUGCGGUCGGUGCACAGCGACAGAGCUAUGGAGAUGGGGCGCGCGCUGUGUGGCGCACUGUACGGCGCGCGUGUGGCGCAGCAGGGGGACGCGGGCAUACUGGGCGCCUUGCUGCGCGCUUGCCUGCCGCAGCGAGCGCUAGCACACGCGUGGGCGCCGCUCGCACUGGGCCAGCCGCUGCCGCAUAGCACGCAGCUGCAGGCUUACAUACCGGCGAUCGAGUCGUGGCCGGAACUUGAUACUCCUCAGCUUCUAGGACUACCUGCUAACUGCCGCGUUGCUUGGGAGUACAACGCUGCUAACAGUAUUAUCUCGGGUCUUAGAGAAUUUAAUAGCACAAUAAUCGUGGAAAAGGAUGAUAGUGUAACACCGUUGAAGACUUUACUCGCUCUGUGGAAAAAGCUUAUGUCGGGGAAUCCACUUCUUAAAGCUGAUUAUCAAAUAGAAAAGGAGGCACAUGGGUGGUGGGGCAGCGUAUGCGCGGGCGAGCUGCGCGAGGCGCGCGCCGCUGUACGCCGCGUGCACACUGCGUUGGUACACGCGCGCGCACGUGCCCUACCGCUGCACACGGUGCCGGAGGAGUGGCAGCUGGUGUGGGCGGGGCCGCGCGCGCCGCCCGCGUACGUGGCCGAGCUGAGCGCACGCGCGCACACAGCGCUGCGCCGCCUGCACGCGCUCCGCGACCACUCACUGCCCGACGGUAACGAGUUACAAUAUCGCCGCAUUCUUUCUAUUAUAUACGUUAUGACCACCCUCUAUUGUAGCAUAUAUAUUAGUGUUAAGCUUAAAGUCCUAGACAGAACAAGUCUCACCUUUUUAACACCUUCCAACAUUACAACCCAGUGA